AUCUUCUGAUUCGUCACUGUCCGGACAGCACUCCUCAACACUCCUCGAGGCCAGGAAGAUACCAUGGGCGAAUCACGAACGGAGCUCAUUGCAUGGUUGAACGACCUCCUCCAGGUGAACUACACGAAGGUAGAGCAGUGUGGAACGGGAGGUGCCUACUGCCAGAUCAUAGACUCGAUUUUCGGCGAUGUCCCAAUGGCGCGGGUGAAGAUGAACGCCAAACACGAGUACGAGUUCAUCGGAAACUUUAAGAUCCUCCAGAAUGUCUUCCGUGCGCACAAGAUUGAGAAGCCCAUUCCCGUCGAGAAGCUUGUCAAGUGCAAGAUGCAGGACAACCUCGAGUUCGUGCAGUGGAUUAAACGCUUCUGGGAUUCGAACUACGGUGGACAGGGUUACGACCCUGUCGCGCGCCGCAAAGGCGCGUCUACCGACACUCCCGCAACGAUCGCGCCUCUCGCGCCUGCCGCCCGCUCGGCGGGCCUCGGCGUCGGCGGUGGUCGUGCAGGCGGCCGAACACCCAUCGGCGGGCCCCGUUCCACGUCGACACAACCGAACGAGGUGGUCCAGCAGCUCCGCACGCAGCUCGCGGAGAUGUCGCAGCACCUGGAGGGGCUCGAGAAGGAGCGUGACUUCUACUUCGCCAAGCUUCGCGAUAUCGAGAUCUUGGUGCAGCAGCAGCUCGAGGUUGUCGAGGCCGAGGGCAAGGAAGACCCGACUCUGCGCGAUAUUCAGAAGAUUCUGUACUCGACUGAGGAUGGCUUUGAGGUACCGGAGCCGACUGUCGACGAAGAGGAAACCUUUUAACGUGGAACCGGAAUAUCACCAUCUUUUGUACAGUCUCUAGAACGCUAUCUCCUGUUUAGUUCACGUCUUGUCUCCGCCUUCAGCACCACAAAUCACGUUACCUCCAUUCCGACUCACUCGUAGCAAUGUCUUUCGAAACCAACUCGUUAUGCAUACAUCAUCGACAUUUA